UCGGCACAUUGUUUUUUACCGCGCACAAGUGGAGCUUUUCGGUAGUGUGCGUUGUAGUGUUUUACUUUCAAGUUUUUAUAUUUGCACUUUUUUACAACAACGACGUCCUUCGAAUCCCUCGGAAUAUUCAGCGGAAACGGAUCCUUUAUCCGGCUGAUGAUGAGAAACGUAGUGCAUUCCUGUUUUUUACUGUGCUGAACGGCUUUGGAUUUAUAUUUUCGUAAAUAUAACCUCAAAAGCAGACCAAUAUUCGCAAUGAUUCAAGGAUUCAAAACUGUGUGUAGAGCUGGACUGCGUGUCCAUGCUCAGGUUCAGGCGAGGUACUCCAGCACAUCUGUCAAGGCUGAGUGGCAGAAGCGCAGAAACGUGAUAUUCGAUAACGAGAAGGAAAGAUUGAAAGCAGAAGUUGGAAGAAUCGAGAAGAUUGGUGUGAAAUACCUGCCCACGGACAACGAAGAUCCCCCUGUAGAACUUGCCAUGAACAGGGAUCUGUCUACUCCUGAUGACUGUGCUCAGCAUAUUUCUGAGGGCAUUCACAAGACAGCUGCGUUAGCACUAGUAGACGGUGUUCCUUGGGACAUGCACAAGCCACUUACAAAAGACUGUGAAAUUAAAUUUCUAACCAUGCUCAUGCCCAAAGAUUCACCUGCGCUCAACCCAGCUUUCUGGCGUACUUGCUCGCUCAUCAUGGGUGCAAUGAUUGACUCUGCCUUCAAAGAUGAUAUUCAACUCUAUCUUCACAGCUUUCCACGGCCCAACUUGAAAUCCGGCAGUUUCACUUACGACGUAGUCUUGGACCUUCCAGACUGGCUUCCGACCGCAGCGCAACUACGUGCCAUGUCGGCUCAGUUUGUCAAGAUCGCUACGAGAAAUCUCCCGGUGGAGCGCCUCCAGGUCUCCGAGGAGUUAGCGCUGGACAUGUUCCAGGACAACCCGUUCAAAAGCAAGCAAAUCCCCGAUAUCGCCAAGUCGAACGAAGGUCGCAUUACGCUUUACCGAAUCGGCGAGCAUAUCGAUAUCAGCAAGGGCCCGAUGGUCGGCAAUACGGGUAUCCUCGGCCGCGUCACCAUAGCCAGCGUGCACAAAAUCGAGUCCGAGGAAUCCGACCACAUGUACCGCUUCCAGGGUGUUGCACUGCCCAAGGGCAUUCUGUUGAACCACUUUGCCUACGGAAUACUGGAAGACAGGGCGAAAAAGCUUAACCAGAACGUCUGGAUACCCAGCAGGAUUCACGAAGAGAUCGAGGAGAAGAGCACCGUCGCCGCGAACAAUUAGAAACUUUCGUUCAGAGAGUUUAUUAGAGAAGAAGAGAACGAGAGGGUUGUUUGUAAUAACACUUGUAAAUAAAUUUUCAUUAUAGAAGUUACGAA